AUGGAACCGUCCCACUGGGCUCCAGAAGUGAAUGAGGUUGCUGUGACAUCCCCGUUCAUCUACUUCAAAGUCUUUGCAAUCACUGUUCUCACUUCCGCACCGUUGUUGACCUUCGUAGGCCAGGGCUUAAGCAGCUCAAAUUUGGAGGCCUGCACCGAGGCAUGUGUUUUCAUUCGCUACGCCGGAACGCCUGGGCUUCCCGCGACGACUUUUGAGAAUCUUGGAAUCAGCACCGACGAAGACCGCUUCUGCCAGUUUCCACUUUUCGUGUCAGUAACCAAUGGCCAAGCGUUCCAAGUGAAACCCGCACCGGAUUUGUCAUUGAAGGGUGUCCUUGAAAGUCCAAGCCUGAUCUUCCUCUAUCCACCUCUCCUGUACUCUUGCACAGCGACUUGGUUGAGCAAUUCCAGCCGCCAGGGCUUUCCAAACGCUUCAAAGGUGACAGCAGAGCACUGUGAGCGUCGAAGCACCGCCAAGCGCAUCCGGAAUCACCUUGCAGAUGGCCUCACGCGCUGGGUAUAUCUGACAGGUAUCAUCAUGUGGACAUCGCUGAAAGUAGUCCAUGACUGGGCCUUGCUCUGUGGUACGCCAGAAUGGCUGUCACUUUCUCUCGGAAUCGGCUCUUGGGUGUUUCAAGCAGUUGCUUGCUUCGCUGCAUUCGUUUGGAGUACGGCUGCAGUGGAAGUCUUUGCAGAAGAAUCUGGGUGCUACUACCAGCUGGCUCUUUGGGAGACUGUUUUUUUCCUGGCCACUCCCCUUCUCCUCCUUUUGGCCACGAUGUCCAAGUUCGAACAGAUUCGGUUGUCAAACGUCCACGGCGACUAUUUGCACGCCAUCACCUACGAUGUUCCUUUCAGGGUGAUCAAGGCCACUCUUCCUUGGGAUCCUACACAAAAUCUCUUGACGGUCGGCUUGCGUGGUGAUCCAGACAUGACACCUUGCUCCUACCAAAAACUGGCAUGGGUAGAUGCUGCUUUCUUUGAGACGCAACUGUGGUGGAUCGGAAAUCUCUGGCGCUCUGCCAUCGCAAUGGGGAUUGGUCCCUUCGCAGCUGGUCCUUUGUUUCGCCGCCUUGUCGGCACGGUGCAGACUGGACAGUGGGCUUUCGGUGUUUCAGUCGCACUACAUCUUGUCAUCGCUGCAGCACUUUGCAGUGGCAUCGCGAUGAGUCUACACAUGGCGAUCUUCCAAACGUGGUUCUUUGGCAGGCGAGUCCGUGCUUCGUUGCUCUCGACAACGGACCGAAGCAUGUUUACGUGUGUCUUACAUGUGGGUAAAGUGCUCAUUUGGUGCUAUCUCCUGCUCUUUUGCGCAGUCGGCUUUGUCUCAGCUAUCGGUUUCUUGCUUCAGAACCAAAGUGGACAUGGCGGAGAUGCGCUGAAGGCAAGCUGGACAUGGUAUGUGUGUGGCACCAACUGGUGGUUUCUUGCAUGGUUCUGUCUUACACACAGUGUCAACGCAGCUUGCCGGUUGAACGUGCCACAGAUGCGCUGCUAUUUGUUUCGGCCCGGACGCAUGCCUCUGCAGCAGAUGAAGGAUUUCAGCGACAACCAUCCGGAAUUUCAACUACAGGAUCAUCUGGCAUUUUACGAAACCUUGAAACAACAGGAAAAUGGUGGGGAUCAAUUCCUGCACCAGCUGCGGACGCAGAUUGCUGACUGGAGCCAAAGUCGUUUCCAUGCAAGAGAUGCCACCGAGCUGUUCAUUCAAGCUCGUCAAGACAAAGCCGAAAGCUCUGUCGAUGGUCAACCCGACUCGACGAAACAGCCGUGGUCACUCCUCCGGCUUGCUGCCGAUUCCAGUGACACGGACCCUUGCAGCUCAGACUCAGACAGGUCUUAA